CUGCUUCCUGGGGAGCUAUACAGCAUCAGUCUGAGUACACAGACACAGCACAAGCACGUGCACGCGCCAGUUCCCUGACAUUUACUGCUUUACCUUCAAUUAGUGAAUCGGUUUUUCUCUAUGGACAAGCUGGUAGGAGUGAGAGCAGCGAAUAACUUCAACACAACCUGUUUUCGGAGUACCAAUAUGGCGGCCUCGAUGAACGCGGAGUAGUAGCAUGGCGGAAUUGUACUUCCGGGUGAGGGCAUGCAGGGAGUCACGUUUCCUGUUAGUCGUGAUCAGGGUGAGCAUUUCGGAAGUAGUAUUUUUUUUUUUUCUAAUUUGCAGCCGUUAGCCAGCUUGGCGGGAAGGAGUUAGUGCUCUAGAAGGUGGGUUUAUUCAUACACACUAAAUAUCAACAGUUAUCAUUUGAAUAGAUUAGUAUUGGAUCCAGGGGGAGUUUGGAACUCUCCAACAUUCUUAGGAUUCCACUGCUUUUCCAGGCGGUUCUAUUCCUAGCUCCGCUAUUUUCAACCUUUACAAAUAGACCUCGUGGCUAUUCAGUAAAUUGCUGCUAGAAUUGGGGAGAAUUCAAAGUGAAUUGUUCAUUUCAGGCCACCAUUACCGAUCCAAAAGCAUUUUUGGUUUCGCUAUCGUGACCCAAAAUGUAUAGUUUACUUUGAGUUCCCGUGACACUGCACGCAAGUGAGUAACUCUGAUUAUAUCGAGAAAUAAAUAGUGUAUUUCCUGUGAUUUGAUCAUUUUCUGCAAAGACUCAAAAGUUGGUUUUAUUCUGGGUUAUUCAUAUACCCACAGUACACGGGGUUAUUCCAUACACCCACCACGACUUCCUUGUCAUUUUUAGUUUUGUUUUGAGUUUUUUGUAAUUUUCUAUAGUGUAAAUUUGAACUACAUCACCUUUCUCUGCAAAUCAGUUUUCAGCUUGCUGAGCACUUUAUAUAAAGCGCUGUAAAAAGCUCGCUAAAGGUCCUCUGGUGCUUUAGGCUUUAGUACUGGUAUAUGAUUUGUGUUUUCUUUCUCCCACUUGUACAGCACUUCAGUGUACUUCGCUAUAUAUAUAACAGUAGCUGUUCUUUGAAUUUUCUUUAUAAGCAUACUUUUGUUGGUAUAAAUAGUGGGGAUUUUUAUGGGUUUUUGUUAUUAAUUUAAUUGAUGUAAAGGUACAAUGUGGAGCUUUUCUUGGGUAAUGUGUGGUUAAUUUGAAAUGUUGAUUUAUGUAAUUUUAAUGCGAGCUGUAAUCAUGUGUUAUGAAUCUUAGAGUAACCAUUUAAGUUUAAAGGACCACCAUAGUGUCAGGAAAACAAACUCGUUUUUCUGUCACUAUAGGGUCAUUAGGUCCCCCUCACUCCCGCUGGGGUGAAGGGGAUAAAACCAUUUAAGCCACUUACCUUUAAAGCACUGGGCUCCCUUGGCACUGGUCAACUCUUCUCCCCCUGCUGAUGUCGGAUCCGAACGCGCAUUCGCGGCAAGAGCCACGCGCAUUCAAACCGCCCAUACGAAAGCAUUACUCAGUGCUUUCCUAUGGACGUCCAGCAUCUUCAAAAAUCGCAGUGAGAUUCGCGGAAGCGCCUGUAGCGGCUGUCAUUGAGACAGCCACUAGAGGCUGGAUUAACCCUCAGUGAAACAAAGCAGUUUCCCUGAAACUGCUAUGUUUUCAGCUGCGGGGUUAAAACUAGAGGCCUGGCACCCAGACCACUUCAUUGAGCUGAAGUGGUCUGGUUGCCUAUAGUGGUCCUUUAAGUAUCCUUUAUCAUGCCAUCUUUCCAUUUUGUUCCUUAUCAGAAGGGAGUAUUUAUAAUUUUUGCUUUUAUUGAUGGGCUUAAAGCUUAUAAAGCAUCCUGUCCCGUCAUGUUCUUUAGAUUAUGAUAAUGAUCUAUAUUACUUAGGAAUUUACAAACUGACCAUUUUAAUUAUCCAGCCAUACUUUCUGGGACACUAGGCACCCACUUCAGCUUAUUGAAGUGUUUUGGGUGAAGCUUCCCUUAACCUUGAGCAUUUAGUUAUUGCACUUUUUAUAAACUGCAAUAAUUACCUGCUAGGGUUAUCUCCUCCUCUAAUGGCUGUCUACCAGACAGCCACUGGUGGAUAGGCGACUUUUGGUCGCCUAAAUGAAGCUGGCAGUCCUCAUGCUAUGCAGUUUGUUUUCCUGGCACUAUAGUUUCCCUUUAAAUGUACACUAUAGUCACCAGAACAACUACAGCUUAUUGCAUUCUGGUGAGUAAAAUCAUUCCCUUCAGGCUUUUUGUUGUAAAGACUGGCUUUUCCGAGAAAAUGCAGUGUUUACAUUACAGCCUAGGGAUAACUCCACUGACCAAUCCUCAGAUGGCUACUAGAGGUGCUUCCUGGGGCAGUGCUGCAUAAUGUGCAAUGCGGCCAUUCAGUGUCUCCACCCUCUGCAUGCAGACAAUGAACUUUCCUCAUAGAGAUGCAUUGAUUCAAUGGAUCUUUAUGAGGAGAUGCUGAUUGGGCAGGGAUGUGUUUGACUUGUGCCCCUGAUCUGCCCCCUUGACAGUCUCAGCCAAUCCUAUAGGAAAGCAUUGUGAUUAGCUCACAUAAUCACUUCUGAUUAUUACAGGCAUGCAGGCAGGCCAGGGGCAGAGUCACCAGCUGCAGACUUGAAUACAAGUACUAUUUUACUAUAUGUAGAGGGGGUAGGGGUGCUAGAUGGUGGUUUUGUUUGUGGUCCUGAAUCUUGACCCUAUAGUGUUCCUUUAAGCACCUUAGCUGCUGUAAAGAUUUAUUUGAAGAAUGUGACCUCCUUUCUCAUUUUGCAAAAAGGUGAGUUAAACUCAAUAGGCAGCAUUUGCUCAGAGCACUUGCCUUGCAAAAACUUCACAUUGAGCUGCAUUGGAAAGUCUGGGCAGGGUUAGAAGGAGAUGGCUAGCAAAGGCAGCAGACAAGAGAUAUGCAGGUUUUGCAAACUGUUUUUAAAUUUACCACCAAUAAAAAUGCAUGCAAGUUUUCAUUUAGGAUAUAUCUACUAAACAAUGUUUAUUUUAAAUUUGGGUAAUAUGGUGUCAUUUUAAGAGUUUAAGGUACAUAAAUCAAAGAAACAUCAAGUUGAUGUUUGGCUAGAAGAUACCAUACUUGUAUUUUUUAUUUGCACAGAUGUAGUAAUGCUGAUUUGCAUAUUACAUGAUAAAGUAAUAAAGCAUGCUGUCUGGAGAUUCAUUUUUUUUAUUUUUUAUUUUGUCAUUCUUUAUUUUAGUAGUGCAUUGUUGUGUACAUUUUAUAAAAGUAUAUGCAUAUGUAUAAUCAGCAUAUCAUGUCAAGAGUAAUGCACAUUUUAUAGGAAAUAAAAGGUAGAUCAGCUGAAACACUGUUCCAUUAAAAGGACACUAUAGAUAAAAGGUAGAUCAGCUGAAACACAGUUCCAUUAAAAGGACACUAUAGUCACCAACACAACUUUAGCUUAAAGGGACACUGUAGGCACCCAGACAACUUCUGGGUGCCAACUCUCACUACCCUUAACUCUGCAAGUGUAGUUAUUGCAGUUUAUCAACUGCAAUAAUUACCUUGCAGGGUUAAAUCCUCCUCUAGUGGCUGUCUACUAGACAGCCACUAGAGGGCACUUACGUGUCUAUAGCACAGGUUUUCUUUGCUAGAGCGUCUCUGGACGUCCUUACGCUGUGUGAGGACCUCCAGCGUCGCUCAAUUCCCCAUAGGAAAGCGUUGAAAGCAUUUUCAAUGCUUUCAUAUGGAGAGCUCUAAUGCGCGUGCACGGCAUUGCUGUGCAUGCGCAUUAGGUCUCCUCAGCCGGCAGGCGGGAUCAGUCUCGCCCACUGGCUGACAUAAGGAAGUGGAGGAGCGGCAGCGAGCAGAAACCACCGCUGAGGGACAUCGGCUGGGGGUCUCAGGUAAGUGACUGAAGGGGUUUUCACCCCUUCAGCAACCAAGGAUGGGAGGUGGGAGGGAGAGGGGACCUGCAGUGCCAGGAAAACGAAUUGUUUUCCUGGCACUGGAGUGUCCCUUUAAUGUGUAUAGAUAAUGCCUUUGAAGUUUCACUGCUCAAAUCUCUGCCAUUUAGGAGCAAAAUCCCUUUUUGGCUCCUGCAGGGUCUAGUAAACCAUUAACAGAGCAUGAGAUAAUACAUUUUAAAUUAAACAGAAUCUGCAAUAAAGUGUGAACAUUAGAUGACUCUUUACAGGAAGUGUUUAGGAAGACUGAAUAAGUCACAUGUAGGGAGGUGUGACUAGAGCUGCAUAAACAAAUGAUGUAACUUCUAAAUGGCAAAGGAUUGAGCAGUGAGACUGCAGGGGCAUGAUCUAUACACCAAAACUGCUUCAUGAAGCUAAAGUUGCUUUGGCUACUAUAGUGUCCCUUUAAAGUCAACCAGGAGACCAUAUAGAUUAUUGCAGAGUAGAACUGUAUGAGGAUGCAAGAGUGAGAUACCUCUGGGUGGCUUAAUGAGGCAGUUGCAGGUGACCAAUAGAAUAAUAAAGAAAAUAGAGAUAAAAAGCAAAUUACAAAAUGGAACACAAUUGUAAUAUUAAAAGGUAGGGGGAUGUUUGGGUGACGCAUAGCUGUGAUGUCGAGUAUUGAGACCUGCAUCGCGAUGCCAUGGACUUGGGAAUUCUGAAUGUCUUAAGUCCUUCCCACUAUAGGGAAUACAGAAGGCUGUGGUGGUCUGUCACUGCCUGUGCCGGGCAGUCUUUCUCCUACGUGGUGAAUACUUCGGGGGGAAAUCCCCUGGUGGCCUUUGGUCUAGGAGGGCAAGCUUUGAGUGAGACAGGUAGUUGGAGUAGAGUGACGCUUGAAGGAGCCUCAUUCACCUCUUGACUGACGUCCAAUCCGUUUCCCUCUCGGGGUAAGGAUACAUCGGUGCACCGUGCCAGAGUGUCCCAGAAUCGGGUAAAUAUUUCUUCAAACUUCCAGAGAGACUGCUACGGUGGAUCAAGGUUAGUAGCCUCGGAGUGCAGACAAGUAGGCCCCGGUGGUAGGGCAUGUCUUGUUGAAGCCUGCUCUUCUAGCUAGUUACUGCAAUCAGCCUUGGGAUGUGACACAAGUGAGUAAUGCAGAGUAGUCGGGACCAGGACAACACCCAUUGGUCUACAGGGUGGGGGGUAACUGAACAGCAUUGGUCUUCAGCGAGGGAAAGGAAAUACCCGAUGUGGAAAAUCGCUCCAGAGAACCCUGAUCAGCUACACAGACUAGCAAAACAAGUUUAGGGUUAGAAAAGCGUGAUGGGAGUCCGUUAUACCGGAUAAACUAAAGGUACUUGAGGAAGUUCUCCCAAAACACAUCUGACUGCCCCUAGAGUUUUUUUAAUCUGUUCUCUGAGGUAUCUCCCCUCCCCUCCCCAUCACACCAAUGCCUUUGCCAGCCUCUUUUUCCUUCUUUAAACCAUCGUCGUCCCCUCUGCCAUCACUGGCCUAUUACAUUUAGCCCCUAACUCAAUCACUAACCUUUCUUCUCUCAUCCUCAUUGCCACCAAAUUUCUCAUACCAUCUGCUUCUUCUCAUACCAUUUUCUUUAUUUCCAUUUUACAAUCUUACUCAUUCAUCUCCCCCACACCAUUUUGUCUACGCUCCUCUCCUAAUUAAAACCACCCCCAAAUUUUCUGCUUAUUUCAUAUCUCUUCUUCAUAUUCAGUCUUCUCCUUUUUUUUCUGCAUUUUCUUUACAUUCCCACUUUCCUUCAGUUAAGCAUUAAUGACGGAGGCAAUUGUUCAAGUUUUGAACAAGUUUCAACAGUUUUUGGUCUAUUCAACCAUAAUUUACCUCUUUUAUAUUAAGUGCACCCACACUUAUUAUAUAUCAUUUUUGUUCAGGACAAACGGCUUUCAUUUAUAUAUGAGAUAUAAUUUAGUAUAAAUAAAAUCUAAAACAAUGUGUGAGAAAUAAGAAAUGUUGUUGUUUUCAAGUUCUGUAUAGCAUUUUUACUGUGUCAUAAUACAGUUAGCUUUUAUUGCUAUAAAACACAUUUGUAUGCUGUGAUGUUCCACAAGUACAAUGCCCACCAAUGCACAAGUUUCAUGGUAUUUUGGAAAGAUACAGCAUUAAAGAGCUUGCCCAUUUCAGAUUUUACAUAUUCAGAUUUGUCAGACUGGUUUGCUGGACAUAAGUUGCCUUUGAGUUUGUAUGGCAGCAAAAAAUGAAGUUUACCCCCAUUUUGGUAUACCUUUUGCAAAAGUAGACCACCCAGGGUAUGUCUAGUCUUUUAUAGUAGCAAACCCUGACCAAAGUUAGUGCUCAUGUGUUUUUUGCAUUUUUCAUAUGAAAACUUCACUUUUACUGAUAUCAUAAGUUAAUACUUUUCCAAAACACUCACAUUUGUGUUCAGCGAUGGCUCACAAGUAAAAUAGUACCUCCUAUGUACAGGUUUUAUGGGGAUUUGAAAGAUACACAUUUCAGUUUCCAGAUUGGUUUGCUGGGCUCAUGUUGCCUUUUGCGACUGUAUGGCAGCCCAGGAAUGAGAAUUAUCCCCAUCUUGGUAUAUUUGCAAAAGUAGACAAUCCAAGGUAUUCAAAUUGGGGUUGUGUUUUUUUUUUUUUUUGCCAGUUUGUCAUAAACUCUGGCCAAAGUUAGUGUUCGUAUUUGGUUUUAGUUGUUUGUUCCUGUUUUUUGUUGUUUUUUUUCAUCUCUCACAAAAACUGCCCUUUCACUGAUAUCAUCGUCAUAAAACAUUCAUAUUUUUGUUCAGCCAUGUCUUGUGAGUACAACAGUACCCUCCAUGUACAGUUUUUAUGGGGUUUUGGAAAGUUACAGGGUCAAAUAUAGAGCUUGCAAAUUAAAUUCUCUUGAAUUUCUGCCUUGGUUGUCAGGCAAGUCCUCCAUAUAUAAUUAAGUGUUCUUGCAUAGCAAGACCACUAAAUAUUAUCUCACAUAUAUAUUAUUAUUAUUAUAUUAAAUUUACCACCCAAACUCCUCCCACAGUUUUUACACAUAGACAGUAAUAUACCGAAACGUGCAGAUUGUUCCCGAUUGGUGUGCUAUUACUUUGUGUAACGUUUCGCCGAAUGGUUCACAAAAUAUCGUUUUUGUGGCGAAAUUGGUCCCAUAGGAAUGAAUGGCAAAAUGUUCAAAACUAGAGUUGGAGCUGACAAAAGCUGAAAAAUCAGGACAUGAUUUCUAAACUUCCACCACUCCCUCAUUUUCAAGCCCACCUACACAAAUAUCAUAUCAAAACGUUCAGCUAUCCCUGCUGCCACUAAACAUGUCCACUGCUAAGCCAUAGUCCUGAUAGUUUUCACAAUAUGACCAUUUGUUUGCAACUCACAUGUUGGUGGAAUGUUCGAGGGAUUUAAAAAAAAUUUGAAAGCUCUUCUCUGCCCUUGCUGUAGAGUGAGUGAACCACACUCCAGCCUUUCUAUAGUUACUCCAACCGCACAACAGUUACUCAAUCCACUCCACCCAGUUACUCCGCCUACUCCAGUUGUAGACUACUGUUGGAGGCAAGAACACUUCACACAAUUUCCACAGAAAUUGUAGCUUUUCUAGUUAAUAAAAUACAUUUAGAAUGAUUGAGAUAGAGAGAGAGAGAUAUAGAUAUAUAUAUAUAUAUAUAUAUAUAUAUAUAGUUCCUGCACUCAAGCUAACACAUCCUUAAGUGACCGGGUGCCAGCCCUAUGUAGCUAGUGUAUCCAGAAAAACCAAGUAGAUGGCUGCACUCACGGUUCUGUGUAAAAGUCCAAAGUUUAUUGAAGAUACAUUAAAAUCGAUGAUCCUGAUGAAAGUCCUCUAAGAAGGACUGAAACGUUGAUCGCGAGUUUAUAUAUAUAUAUAUAUAUAUAUAUAUAUAUAUAUAUAUAUAUAUAUAUAAUGUAUGUAUAUGUGUGUGUGUAUAUAUAUAAUUAUAUAUGUAUAUAAAUUUUUUUGUGUGUGUGUUUUUUCUUCUAAAUGUAAUUUAUUUGUGCAUAAUUAUUUUAGAAUAUAAUCAACGUUGUUUUUCAGGAAGUGUCUAGGAAGGCUGUGCAAGUCACAUGCUGAGACGUGUGACUAGGGCUGUAUAAACAAAGUAAUUUAACUCCUAAGUGGCAGAGAACUGAGCAGUGAGACUGCAGGUGAAUGAUCCAUACACCAAAACUGCUGCAGUAGAGGGACACUAUAGGCACCAGACCACUUCAUCUCAUCUACAUCUCCCCUUAGUCCUACAAAGUUAAACAUUUCAGUUUUUGAGAAACUGCAAUGUGUACAUUACGGUAGUAAGACAGGUAGACAGCCGCUAGAGGCGUUUCCAGUAGUUUACCAGGCUCUGGGUCCCUUACAUGACACUGGGCACCUUCAUGUUCUGCAUGAGGACAUCCAACCAUAGUGAAAUCCCAUUAGGAAAGCUUUGAUUCAAUGCUUUCCCAUGUGGAUGGCUUAAUACCCUUGUGCCUUGUGCUGUCAGAGGAGGCGGAGCACAACCCAGCACCGAGGGACAUCAGCGCUGUCAUUGCCCUCCAUUUUGUUCUAUUGUUCAAUACAGUCAAUCAGAAAGCUGUCAGGAUGCAAAUGUCCCGUCUGGGAUACACACAACCACUAUAUAUUUGUACUAGUCACACAGAAAAUCAUGUUUCAGACAUUUAAUAGCUCCUACAUUUACCUGUUGAUCUUUGUACUUUUGAUUUCCAGAAUGAUUUACCUGUAUGCACUGAUUUCUUCCUUAUCUUAAUCUAAUUUAUCAUAUAGUUUGCACAAGGAGGGUUGGAAUGUAGCACUAAUUCUGAAAUGUGACACCACGAAUGAUGGCUAUCACAUAAAAAGCUAUUGUUAUAUUAGGAAUGUUUGUUGCAUUUAUUAACCAGAACUACGUUGUCUAUUUUCUUUUAGUAAUCUAAAGUUGUGUGAAGAUGUCGUCCACGUCACAAAAACAUCGGGACUUUGUUGCUGAGCCAAUGGGAGACAAGACUGUACAGUGUCUCCCAGGUAUCGGUGAUGUACUGGGACAGAGGCUCGAGCAGAAAGGGUUUGACAAGGUAAUAAGAGUGAUAUGAUGGGGUUAGCUGCUUUUAUUUUAUUUUUCUUUAUUGACCUGUUCAGUUUGGAAAAUGACACAUUCUGCAGUUCACUCUGAUAUAAUGAAUUAAAUUAAGAAAACAGAUGAAAUAAUCCUGUUUUAAUAAAUUAUAGAUUGUGCAUUGAAAAAAAUGUUGCAAAAAUUAUAUACUUCCUUUGCAACUUCCCUCUAAAUGCACUGUUUAGUAGACCUUUCCCUGUCCCCGUCAUAAUCAUAGAUUAUUUAUUUUUGUUUUCUGUCAAAGAUAAAUGCUUAACUCAAUUCAUCUAUAACCAUCAAGGGGUUCUGGAGACAUCAUUACAAAAUCACAGGAGCAAAUGUCAAAUCGUUUCUAAAUGUCUUCAGAGCUUCAGUAUGACAUUACUUUCUCCUAAUGCAUUACUUGCUGUUACAUAUCUUUAAUGUAUUUUUAGCCUAGAGUAGUGGUGGCAGGGAGAUGUUUACUGUUGGAACUAGGUAUCGACCAAUUAUCGGUCUGGCCGAUAUUCUGUAUUUUCAGCAAUAUCGGUAUCGGCCAAUAAAGAUACCAAUAAUGCAGACCUGGUGGACCCGCAGCACACUCUUGCUUACCUUCUCCACGGGUUACCAUGGCAGAGUUAGACAAUGGAGCUUCUGGGAAGGGAAAUAAGAGUGUUGCUGGGCCCCCCAGGGAAUGCCAUAUCCCCACUCCCUGGCCAGGUAAGAAGCAGGGAAGGGGGACUAAAACUAUUACACACAUUAAAUACCUACACAAACACUCUCUGUACAAAUCACACACAAACAUACACUGCAUUCACUACACAAACACAAACUGGGUUCAUUACGCAAACACACACUGCGUUAAUCAUACACACUACACAAACAUACACUGCAUUCAUUAUAUACACACUACACACGCAUUCACUAAUCAAAUACUCUCACUGCACCCACUACAUACACACAUAUUCUUGAAAACAUAAAAAAUUCUGACUGGCAUGUAUAUUUUGUGCAUUUACCUUAAUAAAAAAAUGUUUGCAAAAAAAUAAAUACACAUGUUCAGUUAACAGUAGAUUUGUGUAAAAAUAGUUUAUUUUUUUUAAAUGGUAAAUGUACAGAGUAUCGGUAAGUUAUCAGCUAUCGACCUGAAAGUUCACAGAUUAUCGGUAUCUGCUAUUACAAAAUCAAUAUCGGUCGAUCCCUAGUGGUUCUGUUAUCAUUUUCAGUUCCUGUGAAUUGUGUUGUAGUUUGUUUACAGUAGUUCAGCAUUGCAAAGCUGUUCACGAAAUGUGUUUUUAUACGUCUCUGCUUUUACAGGCCUAUGUGGUGCUGGGUCAGUUUCUCUUAUUGAAGAAGGAUGAAGAGCUCUUUAAGGAGUGGCUGAAGGAUAGCUGUUCUGCCAAUGCAAAGCAGUCCCGCGACUGUUGCGGCUGUUUGAAAGAAUGGUGCGAUGCCUUCUUGUAAAUCAGGAAUUCUAAGAACUUCAAUGCCCCUCCCAAACCGAGCCCCAGGGAAAUUCAUCAUACAGCCGCAUCUUUAAGACAAAUCUUGACAAUGUAGUAUGCCUUGAUUACAUCUUAAAUAGUUCUGAAAUGUGUUCCACUUAAAUGUACAAUAUGUUUUCUUUACACAGGUGAAUCCAUUAUGACUGACACAUUAAACGAUUCACAUAUGUCUAAAUGACAUGUAUUAAAUACUCCAAGCACCAUAAUCACUACAGACCACUGUAGUAAUUUUGCUGCCAUGAAGGUGCAUGCAUGGUCCCAUGGUAAGAGGUUAGCUUUAGUACACAUUGACUGCUUACCUGUGUCACUCUGAAGCUGAAAGUCCCUAAAGUAAAGCUAGAUUUUUCUGCUAAAGAAGAUGUUGCUGGCGCACAGCAUGAACCAAGUAAAACAGUUUAUCUUGCUGUGAUACAGCACCUAGGCACUCCUGACACCAUAACCAGUGCAGUGGGUUCUAGUGGUUAUAGUACUUGGAGUGUUCCUUGAAGUAUCUGAAGUGAACUUGAAAGUCAGUAGUCCCAAUUAUUCUUAUUUUUAGUGCACCUUCUACAGAAUAAUAGAUAUUAUCUAUAUAUAUUUUAUCAUGCUGACAUUACUCCCCACAAUAUGUUGUUUCGGUUGGCCCUAGAUUUUAACACUGCAUUACUGAUUAAUAAUUAACAUAUUUUUCUUUGCAUGUUUUAAUAGUUAAAUAGUUUAUGACUAUAUGUUUGUAACAGGUUUUAACAGCUGUAGCUAGAAUCUGGAAGAAAAACAAAGUAUUGAAAAUUAUUGUCACAUGUAUACACCGCUAAAUUAUGAACUAUUAAUUUUCAGGUCUUUCCUAAAAUAUUGUGACACAGAAUAUAAUUUAAGUCCAUAUUUGUCUUCAAAAAUAUAUAUCACUUGUUAACAGAUUGGGGUUUUGGAAAAAUCACAAUGCCUGCCUUUUUAAGAAUAAAAAAAUAUUCCUUCUCCAUGUUUGCAGUCUACAUUUAAUAUCUAAUUUUUUAAAUGUCCAUGCUGAGGGCUGCAGCUUUGUUUUUACUGAUUAGUAUAAAGUUAAGUAUUAGAGAAGAUUAAUAUUUUUUUCACUAACUUGUUAAGCAUAUAUAUUUUUCCUCCAACUCUGAAUUACCUCUUUCAGAAAUUAUUGUACAUGUUUUUUUUGUUGGGGGUUCCUCUCCUGUUUUUGAUUUUAAAAUAAAAAUUGAACUACAUAA